AUGGGCAGUGUUCUUUCAGUUGUGCGUAAUGAAAUUGAAGACAUUGAAGAUGAUAAAACUCAUGAAAUGGAAAAGUCCCUUAGAAUGUUAGACUUUAUGGAAAUUAUGUUGAAAUCUAAAAUGGAAAGUUUCGCAAAUUUAUUAAAACAUCAACCGGACGACAUGCAGGUGCUUCCUCCUGGAAUUAUUGUAGACCAGGUUACUGAACACACUUACAAUGCCAAAAAAAGUAAUCCCUCAAAAGCUGUUGAGAAAGUAAUAGAUCGCUUCUUAAGCAAUGAUAUUAUAUCAGGAUUUAAAGAAGUGAUAACAUAUUCAGUAAAUGCUAUCAUUAAUAAUCAAACCCUUGGUGAAAGUUUCCGUAGAGAAUGUCAUUUAUUGAUUGAAAAUAAUGCCUUAGUUCGGAUAGACAUUCUAUUCUACAAAUAUGAUUUUGGUUCUGAUGGAAUUACUACGCAACUUCAUGAUUUAUUUUGUUACAUGUUUCAUAAAAGCGUAAUUCCAGCUGAAAAAUUAGACCAUAAUUUAUUAGUUUAUGCCAUUUCUAAAUAUAUUAACAAUACCAACAAAGACAUACCAAAACGUAAUGAGGCUAUUAAAAAGUAUAUCAAAGA